AAAAUGUCUAUUUAUGCUUUUCCCCGUUUGAUUUCAGCUGAGUGAGCUUUGAUUUUUAUGGACUUUUGGGAAUAUCACCAAAAGCAAAUCACACUGUGGUUCCAGUCCAUGAGCUCCUUAAAAAAAGACACACUUGCUGUGCUAGUAUGUGCCAUAAAAAACAAUAUUUUGGGACUGAGAACUAAGUUCAGCAGUGAAAUACCAAUACCAAGGUGGUAUAAGAUCUACUCAUUAUGAUUGGAUCAAAUAAAAUGGCAAAAUGGGAGGGUUGUUAAAGUUGGCCAACUUGUGUUUGUUGUACGCACGGUUAAUGACCUUAAAAGCUGUGAGAAAAAUGUCUGGUGCUAGUUUGUUGACACAUCCUGUUUAGACUGACCAGAAAAUACUAAAAGAAAACCACAGUUCUCUUUCAUCAUCUCGUGUUCGAGAUCCAACUACGGGAAGGGCAUCCGUUCCUCACCUCUACAGAAGCAUCCAAAAGUCUGACUUGAGAGACAGGAGCGCGUGCCAAAGGCAGCUCCCUGGUAUUUUUUGGACUGCACUCUUUUUGUCUUCAGGAGGACAUAUCGUUCGAUCAGCCUCCUCCGGACGUGCUCGUCCUCAGCCAGGUUAGUUUCGCUCGCCGCCCACGCUCGCUCCCCCUUUUUUUCUGUAGGCUGCCUGCCUGCUUUUUUCCUUUUUUUCCCUUCCUAUGGCGCUCUCCAAGGCGGCUCCAGCUACUCCGGUGGACAACCUAUCGCGAGCCUGCCCGGCCACGUGCGGUGCGCGUAUCGCCACGAUUCUUGGGUCUGGAGCUGAUUUCCGUCACGAUGCGCGUGCACGUCUGUUCAUUUAUGAACUGUCUAUCACGGUUCAGGGAAGGGCCGCAGAUACAGUAUCGCACAUGUCUCAGAUAACAGGGUCUUAUGGCUUCGGCUGUCCAUUUCUUGCUUCUAGUCUUCUGAGAAAAGGCUUUCAUGAAGUGGAUUUUGUCCCUUCAUCUCAGCCCGUUGCGCGAUGUUUGCCGCUUUGUCUCGGUGACACGCACGGCCGCACUUUGCCACUGGAGAGCUGCGGAGUCUUACGCACAUGGGACCCCUCUCAGGGCGAUCAUGAUGCAGAAAAUGGUUACGAUGGAUGCCUCCUUGACAGGGUGGGGAGCCACACAAGAGGGCAGUUCAGUGAACGAUGUGUGGCCGAUCUCACUUCGUUCAGCCCAUAUAAAUUACUUGGAGCUCCUCACUGUGUGGAAAGCUCUAAUGCAUUUCUCACCCCGCCUGCGGGGACAUCAUGUGCUGAUACGCUGCGACAAUACGACAGCUGUAGCAUAUAUCAACCUUCAAGGCAGCAUGCGCUCCUCCAAGCUUCACGCUCUUGCUCACAAGCUGUUGGUGUGAAGCACUCACGUCCCGGGCCUUUUGAACAGGGGUGCCGACCUUCUGUCAAGGGGGAACCCUCUGUACGGAGAGUGGAGGCUCCACCCCCAGAUAGUGGGGCUGCUCUGGGAGAGGUUCGGCCAGGCAGCCGUCGAUCUCUUCGCCUUGCACGAAAACGCCCACUGUCCUAUGUUCUUCUCGCUUCGGGACGAGGACACCCCCCUUGGCGUGGAUGCCCUGGCUCAUCCAUGGCCCAGCACGCUGCUCUACGCUUUCCCUCCACUCUGCCUGAUAUCCCCGACCCUGGCCAGGGUCGUGGUGAAGGGUUUAUCUCUGAUUUUCAUAGCUCCCAGGUGGCCCAAGGCACCUUGACUAGCGGAGAUAAUUCUUCUUCUAUAUGCGGAGCCGUGGCACCUCCCGUUGUGUACGGACCUCCCGUUGCGUACAGACCUCCUGGCCCAAGCGAACGGGGAGAUCUCUCUGGGCCUGGCUCGUGAGAGGGCAAAUUUGAGCACGCUGGGGCUCCCCCCCCGUGUUAUCGGCACAAUUCAGAGUGAUAGGGCCUCUUCCACACGUUCUCUCGAUGAUUGCAAAUGGCGUGUGUUUGAGACGUCGUGACAGGAGCACCAGCUCAUCUCAUAUCUGUGCUCAGUCGCUGAUAUUCUGGGUUUUUUGCAGGACCUUAUCGAUCAUGGCAGGACCUUUUCGAUGAUUAAGGUCUAUUUGGCGGCUAUCGCUGCAUGUCACACCGGUUUCGGCGGCGCUACAGUGGGACAGCACACCCUUAUACGUAGAUUUAUGAAGGGCGCGCGCCGCUCCCUACCGGCCACCACUGAUUGGGACCUCUUCAUGGUGCUGGAGGUGUUGGCCCAGCAGCCUUUUGAGCCUCUGGGGGAUAUCUCCCUCCGGCUGCUGUCCUUCAAGACGGUGCUGCUAUUGGCUUUGGGGGGAGCGAUCAGCUCUUCAUCUAUUGGGCCCCGCAGAACACGGGAAAACCCAUAUCUAAGCAAUGCCUCUCUCGCUGAAUUGUAGAAGCCAUAUCAUUAGCGUAUGAGUCUAGGGGCAUGCAGCCUCUGGGUGGCCUAAGGGCUCACUCCACUAGAGGCUUAGCUGCUUCUUGGGCUCUGUUUGGGGGGGUUCCCUUGCAGGACAUUUGUGCCGCGGCGAUCUGGUCCUCUCCGCACACCUUUGUCAGGCACUGCCAGCUUGAUGUUACCCGUACCACGGUGGCUCAUGCAGUCUUGAGUGUGGGCUCUUCGUAGCCACCUGCUACGGGGCCCACGCUCUUUUCAGCCCUGUCUGCCUGUGUGCAUGUUUUCAGGCAUAUGGUCUUCUCCCCUCCGAGCGCCCGAGUUGGUCCAUUCACAUGUUUAUAUACAUAUUCUUUUCCUGCAGGCGGCUCGCUUGUUGGACAUCAGCGGGGUUCUAACAUGCAUGUUGUCACGUGUUGUGUUUCUCUUUGGAUGAACCUUUUACCCUGUGCAGUAUGUUAUGCCUGGUGCUUUGUGACAUGCCGUGCACCACCUUUUUGGCCAUCCUCUGGCUUACAGGGCCUCGUUGUGAGUGUAUUGGGCAACCGGGGAGUUGUCUAUAUCUCCCAUAGGUGGAUCUCGACACACGAGAUGAUGAAAGAGAACAUUAGGUUACUUUUGUAACCCCGGUUCUCUGAAACAGAGUGGAGAGAUCCACCAAGUUUGCCCCGCUUGCUGCAAGAGAAGCGAAUAUGCUCACUGAGGAAAGGCAGCGCGUGCAGGUGCAUUAUGCACUUGGGUAAGGGGUGUUACCUUACCUGCCUUUGGCACAUGCUCCUGUCUGUCACGCCAGACUUGGUGCAAUUGGAUGCUUCUGUAGAGGUCAGGAAUUUAUGCCCUUCCCAUAGGUAGAUCUCUCCACUCAAUGUUUCAGAGAAAUGGGGUUACGAAAGUAACCUAAAGUUAUAUUACAGCAUGUCCAUAUUUUCUUCUCUAAUGGCUUUGUCCUGGUCAAGGUUGUGGUGGGUCUUGAGCAUUUUCCUGCAUACCUUGGUGCAAGAUAGGACCAUUUUCUGGAUGGAACAUCAGUUAGUCACAGGGCAACAUGCACAUAAUCACACUAAGCUGAGAUUUAACAUAGACAAUGCAGGAUUUUAUGCAGUGAAGGAAAAGCAGAGAACUUUGAAAAAACCCAUGCAAUAAUUCCCACUACAUUAAACAUUUGUGAGUAAAAAGUAUUUUUCAGUAUUAUGAGAACUAAACUGAGAGGUUUUAGUUUCUUCUCUUCUAAACCUGAAGUCAAAAUUAAACCACAAAUGAGAGACAG